UCACUAUCCAUCUUGCUCUUCCUACCUAUAUUUAUAUAUGUUUUUAUAUUUUCCUCGGCCCUCGCUAAUCAUGAAGGAAUCUCAAUCAGUUUUAUAGCCUGCCCAAAAACCCAGAUAUAAUAAAUAAGUAAUCAACGUGUAGAUAAGACUAGUGGUUGAGGUGUUUUUCCUUUUUCUUUCAGCCUCUUCGUUUGAGCCAUCAGGUACAUCAUUUGGAUUGUCUCUAGAUGGGGUCUGAAGGGCCAAUUCCUGCAGUAACAAUCCAUGUGACAGGAUUCAAAAAGUUCCAUGGAGUAGCCGAAAAUCCAACUGAGUCAAUUGUUAAUAAUCUCCAAGCCUAUAUGAACAAAAGGGGCUUGCCAAAAGGGCUGGUCCUUGGUAGUUGCACGAUUCUUGAAACGGCUGGACAUGGAGCUCUUGUUCCCUUAUACCAAACAUUGCAGUCUGCUGUGAGCCAGGAUGCCAAUUUGCCGAAUUCUGGGAGAGUUAUUUGGGUUCAUUUUGGGGUUAAUAGUGGAGCGACAAGAUUUGCUAUAGAGAAUCAAGCUGUCAAUGAAGCUACAUUCCGUUGCCCAGAUGAGAUGGGAUGGAAGCCUCAGAAAGUCCCAAUUGUUCCAGCUGAUGGUGGGAUCUCACGGAUUCGAGAGACUUCCCUUCCUGUCGAGGAUAUCACCAAGUCAUUGGCGAAGAUGGGCUACGAAGUGAUGACCUCAGAUGAUGCUGGUCGAUUUGUUUGCAAUUAUGUAUACUAUCAUUCCUUGCGGUUUGCUGAGCAGAAUGGAAUCAAAUCACUAUUUGUACACGUUCCUCUCUUCUUAACUAUAGAUGAGGAGACUCAAAUGCAAUUUGCUGCUUCUCUGUUGGAGGUACUUGCUUCUUUAUAUUAGCUCUUCAACAGUUCAUGAAAGUCUCAAAGUUGGUCGCAAAGUUGAGACCAUAUUUAUGUCGGGUUUGGAUUUAUGUAUGCGAAAGCUGGAUAUUUCUACAAAAUGCAGUGCUUUAAAUAAACAGUAAGUGAAUGUGAAUUGUAAAAUGUGCUUCUGGACGUUCGUUUCAUGUUGAAGUAUUCCGCCCUCCCCUCCUCUCCCUCACUAAUUGUGCCAAGUUGAAGAUUGAAGUUAAGAGUUUGCAUUGCCAUCACUGGCCAA